GGAGCCGCUGGCCGCACACUCUCAGCUAACUCUCCGCUAAUACUCCCGCCCGGCUGCGGAAACGGGUGACUGGGGGUUUCACCCAGCAGGCAGUGACUGGGCAGCUAAACCAUCCCACAAUGCCGUGCGCCGGGGUCCUUUCACACAUGCUGUCUCUGAAGCCACGCGCUGUGUGAGUGAGAACCUAGAGAGUCCGGAACCGAGACCGAGCCGGGAACCGAACCAUGCCGAAAUCCAAGCGGGACAAGAAGGGUGAGAACCGGGGGGGGGCUGUGUAUAGCGGGGUACGGUCAGGGGCUGUGUAUAUCGGGGUACGGUCAGGGCUGUGUAUAGCGGGUACGGUCAGGGCUGUGUAUAUCGGGGUACGGUCAGGGGGCUUCGUGUAUAUCGGGUACGGUCAGCUGUGUAUACGGUACGGCCAGCUGCAUAUCGGGGUACGGUCAGGGCUGUGUAUAGCGGGUACGGUCAGGGGCUGCGUAUAUCGGGGUACGGUCAGGCUGCGUAUAGCGGGUACGGUCAGGGGGCUGUGCUGUGUAUAUCGGGGUACGGUCAGGGCUGUGUAUAGCGGGUAAUACGGUCAGCGUGCAUAGCGGGUACGGUCAGGGGGCUGUGUAUAUCGGGGUACGGCCAGGGGCUGUGUAUACCUGGGUAACACGGGCCAGGGGCUGCGUGUAUAUCGGGUACGCCAGGGGCUGUGGUUAUCGGGUACGGUCAGGGGGCUGCGUAUAUCGGGUACGGUCAGGGGGCUGUGUAUAGCAGGGUACGGUCAGGGGCUGUGUAUAAUGGGUACCGUCAGGGGCUGUGUAUAUCGGGUACGGUCAAGUGGGGGCUGUGUAUAUCGGGGUAAUGGCCAUGGGGCUGUGUAUAUCGGUACGGGUCGGGCUGUGUAUAUCUGGGUACCGUCGGGGCUGUGUAUAUCGGCUGUGUAUAUCGGGUACGGUCGGGGCUGUGUAUAUCGGGGUACGGUCAGGGGGGGGUCGGGGCCUCUGCUGUUCUCUCCAAUAAGUCACCCAGUGGCCUUUACUGUCCUGUGCGGGCAACAGCAUGAGGAAGUUGCAGCCUUUCUUUUAAUGUUCAUAUAUAUAUAAAAAAAAAAUUUUUUUUUUUUUAUUAACUAAUUUGGGACAUUAAAUUGGCAAUAAAUAUGUUUAAUCUCCUGUUUUUCCAGUUUCAUUAACCAAAACAGCCAAAAAAGGUCUGCAGGCGAAACAAUCCCUGAUAGAAGAGGUAAGGAUAUAACGUGGUUUUGUGAUUGAUUUGGCAGAAUGGGAAUUCAUUUUUGUCAGUUCUGUUCCGGGGCACAUGGCUUGUUUGGAAUGUCCUAGAUCAUUAAACCAUUUCUAUUCCUACGUAUGACACCUCUUAUACUUUCAGCUGCGGAAAUGCGUGGAUACGUACCAGUAUCUCUUUGUGUUGUCUGUUGAAAACAUGAGAAAUAACAAACUGAAAGAUGUGCGUAAUGCCUGGAAACACAGCAGGUACCACUUUUUAUUUCACGCUACAAAAUCUUAUGGUUUACUUUGUAUAAGGUUUCUGGCUUAAUAUACCAUACUGGGCACCAUGCGGGAGGUCCUCGUCCCAAUUUGUAGUAAAACCUGCACAUAGAAGGUUUCACUUACCCUGAAUCAAGUGUGGGGCAAAGCUCUCGGCGCUGCUUUCCGUGUCACCUCUAAUGUCACUGGAGCUGUGUGCGCUGUCCAUACACAGGUUUCUCAUAGCGUUUGCACUCUGAGCAGGUAAAUGGAGAUGAGGUAGGGUUUAAAAUAAAAAAUAAAAAAAAAACGUAGGGAAGCUGGAGAGUUAGCUUCCACCUUGCAAGCAUUCUUCACGUCUGUCAGCAUGCAGUGUGUGCUGAGAACAGACGCAAUUUAUGCACAGAAUUUACACUAGGAAACUCUGAACAGAGUCCUGGGCUGCCUAAGUUACGUGCUUAGGGUGCAUCUAGCCCCAGGCAAAUAAUGAACAAUAUGUCUGAAUGUGCAGCAUUUCAAUGAGAAACAUGGCACAAACUGACUCCUAGCACCAUGACUAGUUCAAAUCACUGAGUUGGUCAUAGUGGUUGGAAUAACGCUUUAUAAUAUCAUCUUUCCGUCAGAAAGUACAAUUGAGCCCCUGCAACACAGUGACUACCUGCCGAGUGCAGUCUCUAUCUCCUUGUCUGGUUUGAACAUCUGAAUAGUUGUCAAUGCAUAGAGUUCCAGCGUAGUGAUCUCUGGUGAAAAUGUGUACCAUGUUUCUUUCAGAUUAUUCUUUGGAAAGAACAAGGUGAUGAUGGUUGCCCUGGGAAAAGGACCAUGUGAUGAGUACAAAGAUAAUUUGCACAAGGUAAGUUUUUGUCAGUAGAUGUGCUCUUGGCCACGUUCGUCCGACUCAGUAUGCACCAACUAACUUUCCAUUCUGUUCCUACAGCUCAGCAAGUGUCUGAAAGGAGAGGUUGGGGUCUUGUUCACCAAUCGAACGGCGCAGGAAGUGAAAGAGUAAGUCCCAUGCACCCCAGUCACUCAACUUAGGAAUCUUAUCUCUUAAGUGAGUGUGUUGUUUUUUUUUGUUUGUUUUUUUUUCAGAAAAAAUCAUUUUCUAUUGUGUUUAGAUAUUUACUAAGAAGGUUUGAGAACUUUAUCUUGGAAUUCUGUAGCAGCAAAUUUUCACAGCUAAGCAACAGACCCCAAAUAUAAACCCGCAUUCAACAAAUGCAGUUUGGUUUUUAAAGGAAUGCUCUGCUCUGAUAUUUACUUUUUUAUUUUUUUUUAUUGCAUAGACAAUGCAUUAAAAUGAAUGCAAUUUAACAAGAAAACAUACUUAUACGUUUAUUUAUUUGCGCUUGUUCACAUUAACUUUGACCUCUGCCAUUAGGAGUCACUCUGGGCAAUCAGGAGUGUUGUAUUCAAGCCUAUGAUACCUGAACUGUCAGAAAAGUUCCCAGCAUUGCAAGGGUUGAAGUAUAGGGGGAGGAGCUCUGUACAGCCAUAACUCUAUGCAGAGCAGGGGUUUCUGGGAGUUGGUUUUCAGCUAUAAAAUUAACCCCUUAAGGACACAUGACAUGUCAUGAUUCCCUUUUAUUCCAGAAGUUUGGUCCUUAAGGGGUUAAGGCAGUCACCUGAUCUAUAUGUUGGCUCUUCAUUGUACAGGAAAUGGCAUGAAGGAAAUAUUUUAAAAAGACCGAGAUGGGACAAAGGAGGCAUGGUGAAGAUCUGUGCUGCAAUAAAAAAUAAAGUAUAGAUAAUUUAGCUAAAAGCUGUGCUAUAUAAAAUGUAUUCCUGGGUUUGUGAUAUUGAAUAUAUUUUGUCAGAUACCUUUUUAACACCUGUACUUAGGCUCGCAUUCACUUAUAGGUUUUUGAGCAUUAUUAAUGCACACAGCCUGUGCUGCUGCUAACUCUUACUUUGUCCUCUUUCCAUAGAUGGUUUGACCAGUUUAAGGAGACAGAUUUCUCCCGCGCAGGGAAUAAAGCCACACAUGAUGUGGUUCUCGAUGUCGGACCUUUGGAACAGUUUCCACAUUCUAUGGAACCGCAGUUACGGCAACUAGGACUUCCCACGGCCCUGAAGAAAGGUAAGUUAGUUGCCAAACAUCCCUAUGCAUUAAUUCGUAGGAGAGUAGUCAUUAAACCAUGAGUUGUGUGUGUGUGGCUGAAAAUGUUUUUUUUUAUUCUGUACCGUAUUGGCUUGGCAAAGACCAGAUAUAAAUACAGAUAAGAGAUCUCUGAAAUAAAGAUGGUUGGAAAUCCUAUGUUAAAAGGUUGCUUUAAGCCACUUAUUUUGCCUGAAGACUUCCUGUGGUUUAAAUGAACUAAUUUCAGGAUUUUGUAAUUCCGUUUUCUGAUGGUUACAAGUUGUUUAGUAAUAAACCCCACUUUGUUUUUGUGGAAAUGUGGUGUGCUUAGUUUAGGUAUUGGCAUUCUACAGGACAAAGCUGAGAACUGAAUCUCACAGAAUGCAUUGCUGUUCCGAUAAAGUAUAGGUAUCAGUGCCGUAUAAAGUAUCAUGAGUCGCCUUUCUGGUUUGGAGAAUAAUCCCUAAACUAUCAAUAUAAUGUGUCCAUCCCCAGCCUUUUAACUUGUGGAUCAUAUUUGUUCAAGUUCUAUAUGAAAAUGUAGAGAUUGCAUACUGAGCUCCAUAUAAUGUAUUCUAUGCUUUUUCCUCUUUCAGGAGUGAUCACGCUGCUGUCUGAUUACGAAGUGUGCAAAGAAGGAGAUGUACUAACACCUGAACAAGCUCGGAUUCUGGUGAGCUACUGAUGUUCAUACUGUCAUUAUUCUGUAUUUCCACUGGAGCUGCAAAGAAGUAUGGCAGACAUGUUUAAACAAUAAUUAUCUUAUAUAUUUUUCUGUGGCAAUUUUGUUUUGUGAUGGCUACUAAAUCUACGAAACCUCAACUUCUAAAAUUGUUUCACAUUGACAUUUUAUUUUAGUCCUUGUAUUUUGUGUCCUGUAACUUUCAAAAUAAGCUGAAAGCCUACACAUAUUAUGUAGUCUAUAAAUCAAGACACAUAAAUGAAUUUAUUUUGAAUUACUUUUCGUAAGGUGGACAAAUUAUGCACACGCUAUUGCCAAAACUGUGGGGGGAAAGUUUGGGUUCCACUUUUUUUUUAUAUAUAUAUUUAAUGAAAAUUUUAAAUGUAUGAGACAUCAAAUUAAAGCCCUUUUUUGUCCUCUUAAAAAAAGGUAUAUAAUAUGUGUUGGUGCAAUAAAUGACAGAGAUGCAAAUUGCAUUGGAAAACAAACAGCAAAAAGUGCAAACAAACAGUGCUUCUGUGUCCUUAGGGGGUUAAUGUACGGUCUACAGCUUAAUGUAGUUGUUCUGGUGAAUAUAAUCACUCCCUGUAAGCACUUUGUAAUGUAAAUACUGCCUUUUCAGACUCAAGGCAGUAUUUACAUUUUCCCCUUGGGGUACCUCCAAGUGACCACUCCUCCAAUGACCACUGGAGGUUUUCCAAGGGUAGUGCUACACAGCAUCUCCACGCUCUACAUGGAGACACUGAAUUUUUCUCAUUGAGAUGCAUUGAUUCUAUACAUUUCUAUGAGGAGGUGCUCAUUGGCCAUGCGAUUUCAGGCAAUCCAGUGCUUUCCUAUGGGAAAACAUUGGAUUGGCUGAAAUCUUAAAUUUAUGUCAGCAAGAGAGGGUUCAGGGGUGGUGCCAGCACUGGCGUACCUGCGCAGCACUAGCAAUAAGGUGUUUUUAUUUAAUUUGUAAGGGUGAGCCACCGUGGUGUGUGUGUGUGUGUUUUUUUUUUUUUUUUUUUUCUUCUCUCCCCUUCCCCACACACUAGGGUAAGGAAUAAAAUGUCCUUUUACAGAGCUACUCCUAGCACCAUGACCACUUCAGUGAUUUGAAGUAGUGUCUGUGCAGUGUUUUGCUUUGAAAAGCUGCACAUACAAUGUUAAACCCAUCUGCUGCUGGAGGUGUAACUCCACCUACAGGAGAAUCAUUGGGGCGUCAUUAGCCAAGCUGGAACCAGAGUUCCAGGACGGCUGUCAAUUCUAUGCAACUUGUCAGAUAUUAUAGCAGUUUGCUAAUCAAUUCGGUCAGCUGACUCUCAUCCAAUGGAUAUCGACUGGAUCUGUUUCUGCAGAAGCCAAGAGUAUAUAUAUUUUUUUUUUUUUUUUUAAAGGGACACACCAAUCACCAUAACCACUACUGUGCCGUGCCUCUCAGUUAAUUGGCUGAGUUUGUCAGCUGACUGUCAUUGAACUUGUCACCCGGGAGCUCUUGUUCGGACAAGAUUAUACCCCAAUGACACUACUAGAGAUGGUGCUUCACAGAGAUGAAACUGCACAGAAAUUCCAAGCACCAUGACCACUUCAAAUAACUGAAGUGUUCAUAAUGCUUGGAGUAAUCCUUUAUUCAAUCAAUGAGGGGAUGGAUGAAAGCUUUAGUUGCACCUACCUUCUAAGCAGAGAUACCCUUUAAAGAACAUUUGGUGAGUUCAUUAGAGAUUUAGGAAGAGGCUGUGUGAGUGGAGUAUUUUAUUUUAUCUGAGACAGCUGGGGAUCACUAGAUUUUCCUGUCCCCCACAUGUUGCCUGCUUCUUGCACUGUGGGCUAAGUGACAGGCCAUUGUUACCAGUUCCUGAUAAAGAGGAUUGCACAUGGUCAGUGGCUGAAUACAUUGAAUGGAAUUCUCAGUGGGUAAGGUCUGCAAAACUGAAGAAACAUUCAGAAAAAUGGUCUGAAAUACUUUUUUUGUUGUCUAUUUCAGAAACUGUUUGGCUAUCAAAUGGCAGAGUUUAAAGUUACCCUAAAAGCCAAGUGGAUUGCGGAAACAGGAGAGUUCCAACGUUUUGUUGAAGAAAGGGAUGAUCAGAGUGGUGACGAGAUGGAGGAGGAAAAAGAGGAAGAGAAAGAAGAUUAAAGAGACUCUUACACAUCAGAACUGGUGAUAGAGCAGCUCCUGUUUUAACUGACACUCGUGUGAUUCAGUUCCUGUUUGCACAACAGACACUGCAUUCUGGGUUUGGGCCCUUAGUACAGUAGGAAUCUGUAUCCAUUUUCUACCAGACACUGGGUGUGAAGGUAUGGGAUACUGAAAAUGUAAUUGUUUUCUUGGCUGCAGAUCAAAGCGUUUUCCCUGCUGUUGACUACACUUUGUUCUAGAUAACUUUUUUUCUUGUGUAAAUACCUGCAAGUGGUACCAGGACCCCUUCCCCUAUGAUAUAUUAAGCAGAAUAGUUGGCCGUGGGUCUCGCCCCUGCAGCUUGCAUCUCCUCCGCCUUGUGUUGACCCAGCUGUAUAAUAACCUCUCCAGAGCAAUGUUACUGUGUUUUAACAGAUGACAUUUGUAACAAAAUAUGUUUAUAAAAUCCAACUGAUUUUAAUCUCAUGAGUCUCUUAUUGAAAUAUUUUUCUUGAUCCGUGUUCAAUUGUUCCCUUUUAAAUCCAGCUAUUACAGUAAGGAGCUAUAGUAAGUGCUAGAUUUAUCUUGUACAUUUUCUAAAAUGAGAUUCUUUCUCUCCGUUGAGCCCUUUGUCUGCAAACAGGAUUAUUCACUGAAGGGAGAAUUGUCACCACAUCAAAGUAAAUUUCAAAUUUUAAGACCAAACUAACUGAGCUGGAAGCACAGCUUGUUUGAAGAAAUGUCAAUUCAGCUCUUUUGGUCUAAAUGUAAUUUUCAGUUCCUGUCAAUUCUCACCGUCGUGAAUAACCAUGUAAAUCUCUGCCCCAACUUAUCCCAAUUAAGUUAAAUAAUGAAACUUUUUAUGAAAUGCUUUAUUCUGAUUUCCAGCACACAGAAUAUAAAUCACACACAAAUUUCUAUAGAUUAACCAUUUGCUGAAUUACCAGCAUGGCACCUACCCUGUCCUGCACUCCAGGAGGCUGGGAACAGUAGUAUUUAGAUUUACAAUGCAUUUCUGUCUGCUGACAAUUCCAAAUCACAUGUGACUAUGCAAAGCCAUUGUUUUGGCUUUGUGCUCUCGCUAGGGUUGCUAGAUUCACCAUAUUUUCCUGGCUGCACCACAAUAUAUCCUCUAAAAGGCACAUUGCUUAUUGCAGGCCCUGGCAGAAAUGUUUACUGCAGAUAGGUAGAUCAAUUAUACUGCCUUACAGGAUUGUGAAUUUAUGUUUUUCAGUUAAAUGAAAAUAAUAAUCAAGGCAGUUUUUUUUUUUUUGGCCACUCUGAAUAUGUACUGCACAGCAGCACUUUUCCUGCAUUGUCCUACAGCAUAUUGAAGAGACGUGGAGCCAGGAAAACAUGGUGCAGUUGGCAGCUCCAGCCCUGCACUAGCGGAAAUAGUUUGGACAGUUGUGAGCAACCAGGUUCCAGGCCUCAUUGAACGCGGUGACAACAGCUGGGAGCAGCGGACCUUCCUCUGCGCAAGCCAGGUUCUGGAGCAGCUGCUCUGUGCUGGACAUUCCCAAAAUUACCGCAUCUCCACGGCUUCCCUGCCAGAGCAAGGAGAAUGUUAUCACAAACAAAACUGCAUUUUCAUAGGACUGGUG